UCCCAUGUUCCUAAGUCAACGAAUUGUGUUCCAAGUUUUCAAAUCAUGCGGUGGAUAUCUUCGGUGUAUGGGAAGUAGCUUGUGAAGUGGUAGUAGAUUAUGUUUUCUUCUGUUGAGCUAUUUAUGGGGAUGUGUAAAGAUUAGUUUUUGAGCAUUGGUGUUGGAGAAAGAGUGAGAGUUAUGGUGACAAUGGAAGAAAGUCCACGGAGCCCAGAGGCGAAGGUGGGGUUGAGAGUGGAGGAUCUAUGGGACGUUCAGGAGGCACAGCUGAGUCCUGAUGAGAAGCUCAAUGCUUGCUUUGAGAGCAUCCCUGUCUCUGCCUUUCCUCUACCUCCUUCAAAUCAAGAAGUUGAGAUAAAAUCAGAUACCACUCUAGCAGAAGCAGUGAAAUUGCUUGCACAACACAACAUUCUCAGUGCACCUGUGGUGGAUGUAGAUGCACCUGAAGAUGCUAGUUGGAUCGACAGAUACAUAGGAAUAGUCGAGUUUGCUGGAAUUGUUGUAUGGAUUCUGCAUCAGUCUGAUCCCACAUCUCCUAGGAGUCCAUCCAGUGGAUCUGCUAUUUCGGCUGCUGUCAAUGGAAUAACUUCAGCUUUUGAACACGAAACCUUAGGCCUUGAAUCUGCCAUGACAACUUCAGGAAAUUUUUUUGAGGAUCUGACUUCUUCUCAGCUUUAUAAGGAUACCAAGGUUCAUGACAUUUCAGGGUCAUUCCGCUGGGCCCCCUUUCUCGCUUUGGAGAGAUCAAACUCGUUUUUGACCAUGCUUUUGCUGCUUUCCAAGUACAAGAUGAAGAGUGUUCCUGUUGUGGACUUAGGUACAGGUCGAAUUCAAAACAUUAUUACACAGUCUUCUGUAAUUCACAUGUUGGCAGAAUGUGUUGGUCUUCAGUGGUUUGAGAGUUGGGGAACCAAGAAGCUGUCUCAAGUUGGUCUUCCCAUGGUGACACAAAAUCAUAUUAUAAAGGUCUAUGAAGAUGAACCAGUGCUUCAAGCAUUUAAACUGAUGAGGAAAAAGAGAAUUGGGGGGUUGCCAGUGAUGAAAAGGGCUGGUGGCACCAGGGCAAUUGGUAACAUAAGCCUGCAAGAUGUUCAAUUCCUCCUAACUGCUCCAGAAAUCUACCAUGACUAUAGGUCUAUUACAGCAAAAGACUUCCUGACAGCUGUUAGAAGCUACAUAGAGAAGCAUGUAGGGACCUUUCCAAUGUCAGGUGAACUGAUUACAUGCAAUACGGACUGCACAAUCAAAGAACUGAUUCAACUGCUUGACCAUGAGAAGAUUCAUAGGGUCUACGUUGCUGACAAUGAUGGAAAUCUUAAAGGACUGAUCACGCUGAGAGAUAUCAUCUCAAGGCUAGUACAUGAGCCCCGUGGCUAUUUUGGUGAUUUCUUUGAUGGGGUUCUCCCGAUGCCUCCUAACAGCAGGGUUUGACAUCCAUCCGACAAGAAUGACUUCUAAUGCAUCAGUAACAAAUUGAUCUGUUUUCCAUCAUAGCUGACGACAAGAUCUUAGGGCAAGGCAAGGCCUUUGUAAAAAGCAACUUUGCAAGUUUAUUGCUCUCAUUUUGAGUUAGGUGAAACCGUGAAAUGUGAAAUUUUGUGUAAAUUAUGACAUAAUAAUCAGGAGUUUUGGUCA